AUGGGUGUCUCAAUGAGUGCAUUGAGUGAGAUAUUAGGAUUGAUGGUGCCCACCAGGUUGAUGGGCCCAACUGGGACAGGGAAGAGUUUGGUCCAUGUCUUUGUUGGCCUUCUCCAAUCCUAUCAUGAAGAUGACCUCCUAGUUUAUCAACACACUGAUGGGACAAAUCUGUUGCAUACGUCAAUGAUUCAGUUGACUCUUGCACCCAAGAAGUUCAAGUCUUCACAUGUCUACACCCUGAUGGUUCUGGACGAAGGAUCUUUCUCAUUGAUACUCUCGGAUUAUGAAAUUCUCACUAUCAUCACCCAACAGUUAACGGAAUCGCGACGCAUCAUCCUUAGCGGCAUCAUCCAGUUUUGCAGUAUUGCAGACGCUAAAAUGUGUGGUACUCCUCUUAUAAACUUGAAGAUAUUCGAGCAGCUUUGCGGUCCCAAUGUGCUGAAAAAUGUGAUUCUCACAGCCACCUUCUGGGACCAGGUCAACACCGAUAUUGGUUCGAAAUGCAAAGCUCGGCUAGAUCAGAGUUUUGGGAGGGAAUGA